ACGGAUCCCAAAGUUAUCGAGAAUUCUGAAGGAGCUCGAACAACACCAUCAGUAGUUGCCUUCAACCAGAAAGGGGAGCUUCUUGUGGGUACACCAGCCAAGCGUCAGGCUGUGACUAACCCAACAAAUACUCUUUUUGGAACAAAACGUUUGAUUGGUAGGCGUUUUGAUGAUCAUCAAACUCAGAAGGAGAUGAAGAUGGUACCGUACAAGAUUGUCAGGGCACCCAAUGGAGAUGCUUGGGUUGAAGCCAAUGGCCAGCAGUAUUCUCCCAGCCAAAUUGGUGCUUUUGUUCUCACCAAGAUGAAGGAAACGGCUGAAUCAUAUCUGGGAAAGUCAGUUUCAAAAGCUGUAGUUACUGUACCAGCUUACUUCAAUGAUGCUCAGAGGCAGGCAACAAAAGAUGCGGGUAGAAUUGCUGGUCUUGAUGUGCAGCGAAUCAUCAAUGAGCCCACUGCUGCUGCACUUUCAUAUGGGAUGAACAACAAGGAGGGUCUCAUUGCAGUUUUUGAUCUUGGUGGUGGAACAUUUGAUGUCUCCAUCUUAGAGAUUUCUAAUGGUGUUUUUGAGGUGAAAGCCACAAAUGGUGACACUUUCUUGGGAGGAGAGGAUUUUGAUAAUGCUUUAUUGGACUUUCUAGUGAAUGAAUUCAAGAGAACUGAGAGUAUUGACCUUUCGAAGGAUAGGCUUGCUUUGCAGAGGCUUCGGGAAGCUGCAGAGAAAGCAAAAAUUGAGCUGUCUUCGACAUCUCAGACAGAAAUCAAUCUUCCUUUCAUCACUGCUGAUGCAUCUGGUGCAAAGCAUCUGAACAUCACAUUGACAAGAUCCAAGUUUGAGGCUUUGGUAAACAACUUGAUUGAAAGAACAAAGGCACCGUGUAAGAGCUGCUUGAAGGAUGCUAACAUAUCUAUCAAAGAUGUUGAUGAGGUUCUUCUUGUUGGAGGGAUGACCCGUGUGCCUAAAGUUAUGGUACCGUACAAGAUUGUCAGGGCACCCAAUGGAGAUGCUUGGGUUGAAGCCAAUGGCCAGCAGUAUUCUCCCAGCCAAAUUGGUGCUUUUGUUCUCACCAAGAUGAAGGAAACGGCUGAAUCAUAUCUGGGAAAGUCAGUUUCAAAAGCUGUAGUUACUGUACCAGCUUACUUCAAUGAUGCUCAGAGGCAGGCAACAAAAGAUGCGGGUAGAAUUGCUGGUCUUGAUGUGCAGCGAAUCAUCAAUGAGCCCACUGCUGCUGCACUUUCAUAUGGGAUGAACAACAAGGAGGGUCUCAUUGCAGUUUUUGAUCUUGGUGGUGGAACAUUUGAUGUCUCCAUCUUAGAGAUUUCUAAUGGUGUUUUUGAGCUGAGGGCUCCCUGGCAAGAGGCUAUAAUCGUGAAGUUGUUAGGGAAGCAGGUUGGCUACCUUACUCUACGGGAUCGUCUUAAAGGUGUGUGGAAACUUGCUUGUGGAUACGAGAUGUGA